AUGAGUAAGGAGACCAGAAGAAAUGUGUGGAAGUACGACGAAACGAAGGAGAUGCUACAGAUCAUGCUGGAGAACAAUUUCGUGCAGGCGUUCAGCACCAAGCACAACACAAACGUUCAAAUCUACCGCCAAAUCGAGAAAAUUAUGAACGAGCGAGGCUUCCGGCACAAAACGUACGAGCAGAUUGGGGUGCGCUGGAAGAACCUGAAGAACCUGCACAUGAUAGCGAAGCGGAGCAACGAUCUGAACGAGCGCCACCUUUUUCCCUACUACGACGAGGUGGACGAGCUGGUGUCCUUGACGAAGCGGAAACCGCGCCAAAUCACAAUCCAACCAAAGCUCUCCGCUCGGCCGCUUAAUACUAAAAGCCGGAUUGUCACCAUUAAGGCAGAACCCGUCGAAGCCAGCCCGUCCUCCCAAAGCCUACACAUGGAGAUCGCCCUGGAAGAUCCCGAUAGCGCUCCGGAUGAAACCGUAGAGGAGAGAUUAGAGGAGGACGAGGAACAGGUUGACGAUCUUCCGGCACGAGCCCCCCGUGUCCGUGUUUAUGCAAGGCGUCGUAUGCCACCCGGACCGAAACAACCAACCCGAUUGCAGUCAGCGAUAGCUUCCAGCAAGCAAGAUCUCAACGACGAGUUCUAUCGCACCCAGAAGCGGUUAAUUGAUUACGAGUUCAAUUUGCACGCCCAGCGGGAGGAAGAGUACAUGCAGCAAAUCAAUUUGAGCACGAAGGAGCUGAUGGAGGAACACAUGGAAGCGUUUUUCGUUCGGCUAAAGGAGUUUAUGGACGAGCAGAGAGCGGAACUGGCAAGUAUCACGCCAGACGAGGACACUCCACGAUAA